UGGGCUAGUGAGCUCAUGGCAAAGGCACCCAGUCGGGCGGGGGUGGGUGCUCUGCCCUAUAAAGCCCCCACAGCUCCGCAGCCCACAGAAGUUGGGGACGGCACCAUGGCGGGCUCCGAGGCAGUGCAGAGGGCCACAGAGCUCAUCGAGCAGCGGCUGGUGCAGGAGGAGGAGAAUGAGAAGCUCCGAGGAGCUGCCCACCAGAAGCUGCCCAUGGACAAGCUGGUGUUAGAGGAUGAGAAGCACCAAGGGGCUCAGAGUCAGGCAUUACAAAAGGUCAAGGGCCAAGAGCGAGUGCGCAAGACGUCCUUGGACCUACGGAGGGAGAUUAUCGAUGUGGGGGGGAUCCAGAACCUCAUUGAACUGCGGAAAAAACGGAAGCAGAAGAAACGCGAAGCCCUGGCUGCCUCCCAGGAGCCACCUGCAGAGCCCGAGGAGGAGAUCACUGGCCCCAUAGAUGCGGAGACAUUCCUUAAAGCAUCGGUGGAGGGGAAAAUGAAGGUUAUUGAGAAGUUCCUGGCUGAUGGGGGUUCAGCUGACACCUGUGAUCAGUUCCGCAGGACAGCACUGCACAGAGCCUCCUUGGAAGGACACAUGGAAAUCCUGGAGAAGCUUCUGGAGAGUGGGGCCACUGUGGACUUCCAGGACCGGCUGGACUGCACAGCUAUGCAUUGGGCCUGCCGUGGGGGCCACUUGGAAGUAGUGAAACUCCUGCAAAGCCGGGGAGCAAACGCCGAUGUGAGGGAUAAGCUGCUAAGCACCCCUCUGCACGUGGCAGUCCGGACGGGGCACGUGGAGAUCGUGGAACACUUUUUAUCCCUGGGCCUGGACAUCAAUGCCAAAGACAGAGAAGGGGACAGUGCCCUGCAUGAUGCUGUGAGGCUCAACCGCUACAAAAUCAUCAAACUGCUGCUUCUACACGGGGCUGACAUGAUGACCAAGAACCUGGCAGGAAAGACCCCCACGGACCUAGUGCAGCUGUGGCAGGCUGACACCCGGAACGCCCUGGAGCACCCUGAGCAGAAGUUGGAGCAGAAUGGACUGGAGGGUCCCACCAAGAGUGGGCGGGAGACCCCCCAGCCUGUGCCAGCGCAGUAA